UACACGGACACUAAAACAUCAGCAAAUCAAUAUUAAGCACUAUGGGCUUCUGUUUUUAAACCCAACUAAAUUGUCAGCUUUUCCAGGGGACGAGGCCUUCCCAAAGAAAAGAGAAGAUGCAUGGGAGAUUGGAUGCGACAUUAUUCCCUAUAAAAUUGCAAAGGGAGAGAAGAAGGAGCCUGAGGGGGAUAAUUGGAUGACGCCAUCUGAUUUACUCUUGUGGGCAGUGUUGACAAACCAAAUGGAAAUGGCAGAAAUAUUUUGGAAACGUUCUCCUGAGCCGAUCCUUACUGCUCUCGUUGCGAGUGCUAUACUACAUAAGAUGUCAAGGCGAGCUCAUUCGAAAAAGGAAACUGAUUUCAAGAAAACAAUGCUGAUGCAUUCCCGUGUGUUUCGCCAGAGAGCCAUUGAUGUGACUCAAAGCCUCUUCGAAAAUAAUGAAAUGGAAGCCAUUUUUGUCCUGGAAGUAGAAAAUUCUACGUCUGUUUGGGGUAUUAAAGAAAGCUGUCUAGAAUUUUCCCAAGCACACAAUAUCUCUCAGUUUGUUUCACAUCACGUCCCUCAAAGAAGUUUCGACAGGAUUUGGAAAGGCGCGGGAUUCUUUCACGACAACGAUUUGUAUGAAACCAAGAAAACAGUUUCAAGCCUCAGUGUCAAGAAUUUCAUAAUACCUUUGACUGCUCGGAUCACCUCUCCCUUUUGGAAGUUCGUUAUUCAUUACAGCAUCUUCUGCUUGUUCCUGGUCUGCUUAAGCGCUUUUAUCAUGACCAACAUCACAACAGAAAAAUGGCCAAUUGACAGGAAGUCAAUCUAUGAGUACUGCGCAAACCUGUGGCUGUUCGCUGACAUCAUUGAGGAGUAUGUACCGCCAGCCUUCUACACGAUCCGGCAAUAUUUGAAUUCGAAGCAAUGGAGACGAAGAGCUUGGAACCACAUGCACAACUUCUGGAAUGGAAUGGACGCUUUGUCUUACUUAUUGCUUAUCAUCGGGAUAAUUGUCCGAUUUGGUUACGAAACAACAAGUUUCGAUAUAUCCAGACGAUUUUACAGCGUUGGUUUAUUUCUCAUGUUCAUGAGGUAUCUCCAUGUUUUACUGAUUUGGAGGAGGAUUGGCCCCACUGUCAUCAUGUUGAAAGAGGGACUCAAAGAGUUGAUGCGAUUUGUAGUCAUCAUGGCGGUAUUUAUCUUGAGUGCUGGAGUAUUCUACCACGCCAAUAUCUAUCCAAACCACUACGACAUGUUCUCACCUCAUGGCAUGAGAUAUUGGAGUGUCUGGCAAAUCAUCUAUUAUCCUUACUGGUCAAUUUAUGGCGAGUUCAAAGAUGAAAUCGACGGAGAAGACUCUACUGACACCUGCAGCCGCAAUGAAACCGUCUACAUGAAUGACCCCGAUAUCGUGAGGUGCCCUGAAAAAGACUGGAUGGUCUCCCUUAUGUCUGGAGUCUUCGUCUUGACACUGAACCUGUUAUUGGUGAACCUUAUCAUCGCUAUGUUCAGCUUCCGAUUCGAAGAAAUAAAGAAUAACUCGGACCACUUUUGGCGAUUCCAUAGAAGUCAGGUGAUCAUGGAAUUCCGAACCAGAAUCCCUGUGCCUUUUAAUUUGCUAUUCUGGCCGGUUUACAUUAUCAGGUCAUGUUUAACAAGCAACAAGGCUAGAGAGCAGAAGGUUAAAGAUAAGAAAGCCAGAGCAAAACUAGACGAAAAGCAGCAGAUAUUGGCAGGUCGUUGGAUGCUAUCGGAAAGUGAGGCUCAGACGCUCUAUCAAGAAUCAUGAACCAACCAGAAACGGUGUGAAAAUGGUAAAAUGGAAUCUCAAACAACGAAAAUGAUGUACGGACGGUCUAUACAGUAACAUGGACCAGUCCCGACUACAGACUUUCUACGACAAUCAAGUGUGUAAAAUAGUGUUAUAUGUUGGAAUUUAUAACAAGGGUGCAAAAAUGUUAGUUCGCAAUUGUAGAAGAACUAUCUAUAUAUACUGAUUGAUAUUUUGAGUUUACAGCCAUUCCGGAUUGAUCGUAUCCAAACUCCGAACGUUAAAUCUUUGCAACAUUUCUUUGAAGUUAGGAAUGCUACCAGUUUUGUGCACGUAACAAAAUCCGUUUCCCCUCAGGUACAGCAGCUGACCUGACCCAGUGUGUAUACAUUGUGUAGGUUGGACCAAAUUCACCAUGUAUUUUAGGGUAGAGGUUAGUUUUACUAUUUUCUUUGAUCAUUUAUACAGACAGUCGUGCCGACUAAUCGGUUCGUCAUGACAGAGGGACAGAUUGUCGAUUAAUUGAAAAACGGUAUACGUAGUGCGUUUUACGCAUACUAUUGGAGGUAAUCUGUAUACCUAAAAUUGAUUGUAAAUAAAUUACACUUCAAUGAACAUGUGUUUCAUGUACAGUUGUAUAUGGAGGUUUAUAUAUAAUGCUUUCAAAACAUAUAUAAUUGUUUUUAAUAAAUCGAACAUGAUGCAUUCAAGAUCUAAACGUAAAUGGUUAUUAGGUUCGAAAUAAGUAAAUGAAGCGAUAGUACCAUACACUUGACAAGUAUAAAUUAGGUCGUCCUAAUAUACACGAUGUCGAUUUUAUUUUAGACGUUCACUAUUUAGUUUCCUCGGGUCCAAACUAAAAGGAGAGAAUAUCAACUAUACAGAUGUAGAUUCCUCUCUCCAGUGCGGAUUGGAGUCGUAUAGAAAAGAUUUCAAAAUCUAUGUGUUAAAUUGAUUCAAUGUUUUCCUUUACGUACUAAAUCUGACAUCUGUUUAGGAAUGUUGAGUUUAACAUCCCUUUCUGCAAGAGAAGAUCUAUGUAAACUUAUUUCUUUAGAAUCGUUGAACACUCGUAUGCCACAUUGUGCCAUUUAGUAAUUAGUUUUAUUGCGUUUAUUACAACUGUACAUUUGUAUCAUCAAAUGUACAAGAGUACCGAUGGUGUAAUUCAAAAUAUAUGUUUUAUUUCACAUAAGUAUGAUCUACAUAAUUAUUUGUAUAACAUUCUAAUCGGGUACAUUCCGAAAGAAGGUUCAAUCGAAAUAAAUCGUUAAAAAUAUAAGCUUUUAUUAAUUAAGAAAGGAACGAUUGGCAAACUCGCUUGAAUGCCAUCAAUGAUUUUAGUCGUUUCAAAAUACUUCAGACUUCUCUUGUACAUUCACCAGUUAACUUUUUCUGGUGGUUUUUAAAUGUUUUAUUUUGCUAAGUUUGUCAGAAAGUUGCAAAGUUUUGGACAAUUAGAUCGGAUUAUGAACUAUAUGUAUAAAACUUAAUUGUUAUGAUGAAGAUGAUUUUGUACGCUGAUGCAUUGAUUGUUGCCAUCCCGAUAUUGUAGAUUUACGGGAUUUAUUUCUUGUAAAAGAUAUGUGAAUGACUAUCAAGUUGCUGUAUAUGUUGACGUUUUAGAAGAUAAUUUUUACGGAGAGAUCACCUUUCGGACGUGACGUCAGUAUUUUUUUUCCAUUGCAAGUACGGAAUUUGCGACGUCUGGUGGUAACCUCCGUUACUGAAAAUGCUAGGAGACAACUUUUAUAGCACUUCGUUCAAAGUAUAUGUAAGAAAUACUAACUUAUACAAAUAUCCUGAUAAUAAUGUUGUAAUGUUGUAAGCUGAAUACGGGAACAGGCCCGAAGGAGAAAAGAAGACUUUGCUCUUUAAUUUUGAUGUCAAGUAUAACCAAUUUUGCCAAUUAUAUUUGCUUAACGCAUUUUGGUGAAAAUAUUUGGGAUAACAUUAUGGGAUGACGCUACGCAUGUUCACUCGAUUAUUUUCACAUUUUGCCCUGAUUUUGAAUAGGCUGGUUGCCUGUCCUACAUGUAGUACUAUCAAUAACGCAACAAAGGCACACUUUUCAACAAUCGCGAUGUGUACUCAACCCAUUUUAUAUUGGUUUUACGAAAAUAGGAAUGUAUACAACUGUUUAAUCUCCUUGGGUGACGCUACGCAUGCGCAUUUUUCUGUUUGCAUUUAGAGCAUCGUAUUACCGCAUGGUUUUGUUUUGUUAUAGUCUUACGGUCCAUCGACUAGCCCGACAGUUUAUACCAUAUUCAUAUCAUGCUUGAGAAGUGAACAUUGCCUGAGAUUAUACAAAUGUACAUCAUGUUGAGAAUAUUGCCUUAGAAUUUUUUCUUCAUUUUUGAGAAUAUUUCCUGAGAGUUUGUACCAUACUUGAGAACACUGCCUGAUAUUUUAUACCAUGCUUGAGAACAUUGCCUUAAGAUUUUUUUCAUCAUUUUUGAGAACAUUGCCUGAGAUUUUGUACCAUGCUUGAGAACACUGCCUGAGAUUUUAUACCAUGCUUGAGAACAUUGCCUGAGAUUUUAUACCAUGCUUGAGAAUAUUGUCUGAGAUUUUAUACCAUGCUUGAGAACAUUGUUUGAUAUUUUAUAUCAUUGGAUGAGGAAAAUACAGUUCCUGUCAAUUUGUCAUGUCUGACCAAUUAUCCUUUUAUACUGAAAUCAAUUGUGUUUGAGAAAAUGUGAAUUGUCAGAGAAUGUGUCGUGCUUUAGAACAUUGCUCAAAAAUAUUUAUCAUGCUUGGGAAAGAUAUAGUUCCGGUGACUGACCAAUAUAAUCAAUUAAUAAAGAAAACAAUGAAAACCUGAAUUGAUUUCAUUAAAGUAAAUAAUGACUAGCUUAUAUGAUAUUGUAGAAGACAUGACAUGAUGAGAGUUUGACUAAGUUGUGUGUUGAAAAUACCAGAAUAUUACAAUAUUUCAUUGGAAAUAUGUAAAAAAAAAAAAAAAAAAAAAAAAAA